UGUCGGGCCACCGUGGCGCACAGGGUGAUCCGCGUUCGUGCAAACACACGUCGCCGCGAUCCCGUCGCGCAGCGUUCCGUUCCGUGGAGCAGAAAGACGCGGGCACACGCGCACCCAACGUCGUGUCGUGAGUCAUUGUUGUGUUGACAGUCGAGGCAGGCGGGCAGGUCAAGCGGCGGGCAGGAAAAGCCAGGCAGGGGCGAGCAGGGCAGACAAGCAGGUUGCCGCUCCUACGGCGGACCGGUCGUCGUUGGUGAUCGGCGUACAGUAACGCCGGACGUGCGUCGAACAUCGCCGUCUUCUGCGCCGAUUUCGGUCGACUUGCUCCGUACCGGUGUCGCCGGUGGUUGGUGCGCGAUACGCCGAGUGACGUGACACACAGGUCCCGUGAGACGCAGGGACGGAGGUGCGGCGGAGGUGGAGUAAGGGAGGAGACGGCGGUCAUACCGCGAGUGAAUUUUUGCGUACAGCCGCGCGCGCGGCUGUUAUGUAAUCGCCGCAGCGCGGAGCGAAGUGUUUGCGCGUUGACGUAGGCAAAGAGGAGACAAGAGGGAGAGAGAUAGAAGAAAGGAGGAACGCGUGAAAGAGCGUGAACGUCGCAGAACACGUUGACGUGUACAAACUCCGUCGGAAAGCCCGUCGCUUUCUUCAGCACUUCGGGGCCGGAUCGCUAAGCGGAGUCGCGCCACUCCGGGGGGAACGGAUCGCUUUCCCGUCCGGAGGCGAGGAACCGAGAAAGGAGUCGAGGGUGAAACCUCGGUAUUCCCUAAUCGAGGCGGGUCAAUCAGUCCGGCGGCAUCGAUGGUGCGCAGUCUGACGAUGGAGCAGACGUUCUACGAGGACGCGAGCAUCUACACCGCGAUGAACGGUCGCGAGAACAGCGUGGUCCAGCUCAAGCGGAAUCUCACGCUUGACCUGAACGGCGGCUGUCAGAGGCAGGGCCCGCAGGCGAAGAGGCCGCGGCUGGGCCCGCUGCCGCCGGCGCUCAACAACGUCACGCCGAUCCUGAGCUCGCCGGAUCUCAACAUGCUGAAGCUGGCCUCACCCGAGCUCGAGAAGCUGAUCAUGCCGGACGGCCUGGUCAACACCGGUCUACCCACACCGACCACCCAGAUCCUGUUCCCCAAGGCGGUCACCGAGGCCCAGGAAUUGUACGCGCGCGGCUUCGUCGACGCGCUCAACGAGCUCCAUCACUCCGACAGCUCGCAGGAACCCGGCAGCAUGCACGGCGCCACGUACACGACCCUGGAGCCGCCCGGUAGCGUGCAGAGCACGGAGUCCACCAUGAGCAAUCCCGGCCUGUUGCACGUCAAGGACGAGCCGCAGACGGUGCCGAGCGUGUCGAGCACGCCGCCGAUGUCGCCGAUCGACAUGGAGAACCAGGAGAAGAUCAAGCUGGAGAGGAAGCGGCAGAGGAACCGCGUGGCCGCGUCCAAGUGCCGACGGCGCAAGCUCGAGCGCAUCUCCAGGCUCGAGGACAAGGUCAAGCUGCUCAAGGGCGAGAACACCGAGCUGAGCAGCAUCGUGCACAAGCUCAAGGAGCACGUGUGCCGGCUCAAGGAGCAGGUCAUGGAUCACGUACACGCCGGCUGUCAGAUCAUGACCGUCAGCAACCAAUUUUAAAGCCUCCCAGCAUCGCCUUCUCACCUUCUAACCGAGGAUGGGACGAACGCUAACGCCCUACUCCCGUGGUUACCACCUCGUGGAUUCGCUGUCACCGCUGUUUCACCAACUUCUUGCCCCUUUGCGGUAGUUUUCGCGAAGGAAACGUACAGUGCACCUUCUCGUUACGGCCGGUGCGUCGUUUGGAUCUCCUCUUCUGCGCUUGCGAGAGGAAAAAUCUCUGCUGGCUACGUAAAUACGGACUUAUCGUUCGGAAAUGUUUUCUUAUCUCGACCUCAAUAAAUUCGAGUGGUUUAUUCUUUGACGCCAAGGGGAGAGAAGAAAGGCUCGUCUCCACUUUCGAUAUUCAAGAAGCUUGUGGGAGCGAUAUCUUCGAAAAAGAUGAUCCCAUCGCCAUCCUGAAAAAGGAUCUUCGCAAAGGAGGGAGGGAGGAAAGGAAUCCAUCGUCCGCAUCACGUUCGCCGUUUUCUCUCUCGGUUUCUUCUGUGACACGAUCGGGGAGGAGACGAUCAACACAACGACGGCGAGAACAGCAGGCGGAGCAGCAAGAGGAGAAGGAGGAGGAGGAGGUGACGGUCGUGGAGAAGGAGGAAGGAGUGCCUUCGUACACAGCGUGAAACGUAAAGGAUGCUUUUGGGAGAGUGGCGGGCGUGCGCGCGUGCGUGUUGCGCGCAUGCGAGAGACUUUACACGCACGAGCACGCUCGGCGACGGGCGAAUGCGUGUGUCGCAUGUAUGAGAAAGAGAGAAAGAGAGAAUGUGUGUGACAAGGAGAAAGAGUAUGUAUGCAUGCAUGAAAGAGAGAGAGAGAGAGAAAAAGGGAGAUCGCGCGAGGUAGCAUGAGGGGGGAGGAGUACCGCGGCGGCCAUCUUGGAGAACGCGAGAGAGCCGGCGGGAGAUUCGAAGCUACCGGAAGCUGAGGCUCUUCUCGUUUCUUCAUCUUUCUUCCCUUUGUCGUCGAGUUCAGCAAUAUCGUCGGCUCAGCGAUUCGCGAUUCGUCCCGUUUUUUUCACUCGACACUGUCGAAACUUGUAUCCGGGAACGGAGAUCGAUUUCUCGUUCGAUCGUUGUAAAUCUUUUCCGCGCUGACGAUCUCUUGCCGUUAGAUCGAGUUAGAAAAAGCGAAAAGGCCCUCCUUCUUUCUUUCUUUCUCGGCAGUGAACGGCAGCGCGCCGAUUUUUCACUUCUCUACGCAGACUCGCGUGUGCUCGGUUUCGCUUUGUACAUUUCGAUACGCGGCGUUCGCUUUGCAAGUGACGUAAAUCAAGUUUCGAAAAGUUUGUUUCCCUUGACACAGAUACACCACCAUUGGAUAUGCGCGCGCGCGCGCGCGAGGUGAUUUUUGCGCUCCGUGAUUCUCGAGUCGCGCACGGCACACUUGUGAGUAGGAUUAAAACGCCUCGUGCCAAGUUGCGAAAGGAUCGAUACGUUAUUACGUUCGUCGAGUGUAACGACAAUCUCCCGCCGUUCAUCGCCGGCUCCUCUUUCGCGAACGACGGGAACAGAUUGUGUGUAUAUCUUUUGCGGAUCAAUCAAAAAAAAAAAAAACGGGAAGAUUCUCAUCUUCUCGGCGCGAGAUAAUCGGCCGGAAGGAAACCGCGCGACCGACUACUUUGUGAUAAGCGCAAUCAAACCGGGAGAUCACGUUUGCCUUUUACCGAAUGCACUUUCGCGAGAGAGAGACUCGAGCAUUCCGCGCUAGUUUUGGAAACUUCUAUAUACACUUUGGUGCAUACGAAAUAUUUUGACAAAUUAAUUCUAAGGAGUAUAAUACACGCGUGUGUAAAUUAACGGUGCUGUAUUGUAGCCGCGCUGCAGAAACGUGCAUUAGGGCAGAGUCUGCUAUGAUUCCUUACAGAAAUCCAAUUUACUGGAAAUUACUUGUUUUAAGUAUUAAAAGCUGAACAGCAAGCACUGACGUACAGCAGUGCUGUAACACUUGAAAUAAGUAAUUUAAUCGCUACUAGUAUUGAAUUUCUGUAAGAGAUGAGACGCGUAUUCCAACGUAUCAGACGACAGAAUCGAUCGACGAUCAUCGAAGCGUCGAAGCGAGCUUGAUUUAUUAAGUAGCGCGCGUAAUUCUUUUCAAACUGAAACUGCAUCGUUUCAAAUUUUUACAAUAUACUUGUCUAUAUAUCGCGAGAAGAUCGAAUCCUUGACGAUGAAAUUAAAGUAUUUUUCUAAUUGUGAUCGGUGAAAUUAUACAUGUAAAUAUAAAGAGACGCAAAAUUCACUUUGCGUCAGAGGUAUAUAUUAUGUAAAAUUUUUUAAUUGUUAAAAUUGUAAAAAAAAAAUAUGUACAGAAAGAUCAUUUCUGAGAGAUCUUCCAUAUACGUACUUUGAACCGCUUAAAGGAUCAUUUGAAUAUUUUGAAUAAUAAAGAGAAUGUAAUAUCUA